AUGGCUUCUGGAGAUACGCAUUUCAUUUCAGAAUCAUGUGGGGUACAGCAUAUCACUGAGUCGUCAAUAAGUGGAAGAAUUGUUGGCGGCAGUGAAGCUGCUCCUGGUGCCUGGCCAUGGCAAGCAAUGCUCGUAGAAUAUUACCAGGAUCUCGAUGAAUUUGGUUUUGUAUGUGGCGGCACAUUAAUAAAAUCGCAAUGGGUAUUGACAGCAGCACAUUGUAUAAAUAGGGAUACGCCCACUACGUUCAUACAGGUUGUAUUAGGUGCUCAUCACAAAGACUACAGCGAUAGCUCAGCUAAAAUAUUUGCAAUUGAUUUUUUCUACCGUCACGAAUCAUAUAUCGGUUCAUUGACAACAUAUGCGAACGAUAUUUGCUUGAUCAAACUCCCAUCAGAAAUAGAAUAUUCGUCGACGAUACUUCCUGCCUGCUUACCGACGUCUCAAACGUACACAUUGGCAGAUAAAGACUCGUGUAUAAUUUCAGGAUGGGGUGAGACGAGAGGAACUGGAUCUGAUGCCAUAUUACGUGAAGCAACAGUAGAAAUUAUUCCCCAAAAUUUAUGUGAAACUUGGUAUGACGAUGCUGGACUCUCAAUUCCUGACGGACAUUUUUGUGCUGGAUAUGAAGCUGGCGGUAUUGAUGCAUGUAAAGGAGACAGUGGUGGUCCUUUGGUUUGUCGGUCAAGUAAAGAUCAACCAUUUGUACUCCGUGGUAUAACAAGUUUUGGUGAUAAUUGUGCUUUAGCACAGAGACCUGGUGUUUAUACGAAUGCUACGCAGUUUAUCGACUGGAUUGAACAAGUAACCACAAACAAUGGGAAUAUUAAUAGAGAAGAUGUAUGUUUUUCAACCACUUCAAUCAAAAAUUGUGGAUCCACAGUAACAAAGAACGGAACAAUACUCCGAAGUCCUGUGGUGGACACAUCGACUUGGCUAUAUCCACCAGAUUCGUAUUGCAUUUGGAAUAUUCUCGCUGAUGUUGGAUGGGAAAUCGAGAUAGAAUUCAUUUGCUUCUUCCAUUUACAAUAUUUUGCUCUGUAUGAUUUUUGUCGAGACUAUGUUGAAAUUAAAUCAGUUAAUACAGGGUAUAGUAAAAGGUUUUGCGGAUCAACAAUGCCUGAACCAAUUCAUAUUGAAAAUAACGAGGCAUCUGUCAGAUUUUUGUCAGAUGCUAGGUUAGAGUUAUCUGGUUUCGUACUGCAAAUAACCUUCGUCCCAGGACACCAAAUGACAACAAUCACUGAAACAACUUCAGAAAAAUCCACUGCGAAAACGACUUCAACGGUAUCGACUCAAAACGUUGACACAUCCAAACCUACAACUAGAUCAACCUUCAUGCCCGAGACAACUUCUACAGCAGAAUUUCAACAUCAUUUUACUUCUAAAGUAGCUGGAAUGCCCCACACGACACAGGCUAAAACUACUCAUGCUUUGUUAACGGCAGAUAAAUCAUCAUCUACUUCAACAGAACCUGGAUUUGUUAGUACGGCACAUACAACUCAAAUUGCACGUCGUUUUACUUCCCGGGCAACCGAAAUCGGCCACACUUCGUUGGGUACAACGACAACAGAAUCCACUGAUACAACUUCAAUUGGUAUUACACAUUUAACGUCGACGAAAGUUGUCAAUGCGAGAUCUACUACUACAGCAGACUUUGAAUUAGUUUCUUCGGCACGUACAUCUCAAAUUGCACGCCAUGUAACUUCACAGGUCGCUGAAAUUCGUCACACGUCGUUAGGUGAAACAACGCACCCUUCUUUAACAACCACAACAACAAUAGUCACUGAUACAACCGUACCGGGAUCUACACAUCUAACAUCGACGCAAGUUGUCAAUGCGAGAGCAACUAUAAUCUCUUCUAGUACUUCACGAACAACAGCUUUGGAUGAUAGCACAGAGCAUACGCCAAGGACAACAGCGUUCAGGACUACGACAUCACCAGUUGACACAGUUGAAGACACCACAGUAGUCACUGAAACGGUAGGCUCCAGUGUCGAAACAUUUCCACUCGGAAAAACCUCCCGUUUGCCCACUUCAAAUGAGAUAACUAGUCAUGGUGGUAAUACACAAGUAUUCGAAGAUACAACCCGAACCAAAAACAUGGCCGAAGUCAGUACAACGGUAGGCUCCACUGUCGAAACAAUUUCACUCGAAGAAACCUCCUUUUUGCCCACUUCGUAUGAGAUAACUAGUCAUGGUGGUAGCACGCCAUCACAUGAAGAUACUACCCGAAAUAAAGAUACUACGACAAUUUCUGGUGGCUCAACAUUUACAGAAUCCAUUCCCAUCACCUCCACUUAUAGUGCUACUACAACUACAAGAAUUACCACAACUAGUCCAUCGGCCAACACUAGCCCCGAAACCCCCACUGACAAGCUUACUAUUAAACCUGAGACGACACCUACAAAAUAUAAAACAACGGCCAUUGUCACAUCAUCAGAAUCAUCAACGACACAACCUACUGAGCUAGCCGAUCCGAUCACAUCUACUGCAAUGUUCGAAAGAAGUCCCACUGCCCGAAUAGCCACAUCCAAAAUAAUUACACGAGAACCUGAAACAACUCACAUAUCUGAAACGCCUCUUCCUAAUAGAACCACCCAACUCGUUCAUUUAUCCACAUCUGCACCAAGUGUUGAAAACAACAGUACAUCUUCAAAAGCAGAAUCUAGUUUACGGAGAACAGCUGUCUCGCACUGUGAGCUCGUCAUUAUUCUGUUUUUUGUUGUUGUAUUUAUUUAA